AGCUACCCCGCUGGAAGAUACUUCAUUUUCUUCGUCAGUCACUUAUCACCGAGCCAGCCUCCACCAGAACACAUUGAAUACCUUUGUUGGGGGGUGUGGAGGGGAAGGGAGGACUGGGAGGGACCGGAGCGAUCACACGUGGGGGUGGCGCUGUGUCGGGGCGCGGAGCACACGCAGCAGCAGGCGGGCCCCGCAUCGCGUCCACCGACAGACGAUAGGCGGCGUCGGCCCUCGGCGAACUGUCUGCGGAACCCCUGCGGCUGCCCAGAGCGCUCGCGGACUGCGCCUCCAACGUUCUUCACAUCUUGUGUCGGUACUUUUACCCGCAUUUCUGGUUUAUUUAUUUAUCUAACCGCAUCUUACUUCCAGUGUUAAGCGUGUUCGAUUUAUCGCUGUUGCACCUGCAUGCACGUGAGUUCGGCUCUGUUUGCUGUUGCCGUGGCUGUUGAUAAGCGGAGGCUGCAUGUGAGAGAGAGAUGGGUGGAGGGAGGUGGGGGAGAGAUAGACAGACAUGCAUGUGAGAGAAACUACAGAUAUAGAGGCCACUCACUUGUCAGGAGAGCGAACUGGUCGUCAGCGCCCAUCCACAGCGCGCGUGUAGUUUGACAGCAAAAAGUGGGAAAGAGGCGAUUAGAGAGCACAAAGACGGACAACUGGAAGGAAGAACUGACAAGGAGGAGAGGGAGGGAGAGAAGGAGGGGUGGUGGUGCGGGUGGGCGGCGUUAGCGAUGGCGGGUGAGCGCGUGGCUGUGUAGUAAACAAACCCUGGCGUAUGUCGCAGCAGCCACAUCGGCCGCUGACGGAGGAGCUGGUGAUGUUAGCCGCCAUGAUGCCGCUUCUUUUGAUUUUUCUUCAAAGAGCAACGCACGAGGACCGCCGCAAUGAAUCGCUCGUGUAGGUGAGGGCACUGUAAGCGAAGUAUGUUCUCCUUUUCCCUCACCGCCUUGGCUCUCGCCUUUCACUCUCUCCACUCAGGCGCAAGAAGCCAGUCAGAGCUGUCCUUCAGGUAGACGUGCGACUCAUUGCACGCGCUCAUCCGCGGUCAGUCAUCCAGAUUUUCCACUUCCCUCUUGGACAACAAAGUGAAUCGGCAGUGUUAUCAAGGAUAAAUCGUCUCCAGGCGCUCUAGGGAGAGAUUCCUCCGUGGAAAUUGCUCUAAAGGUGGGGUGGAAAGGAAGGGGCAGGUCUUUCUAUCCCCCAUCCUCCUUCAACCACAGACUGCAUUCUGUGCAGUGACGGCCUGCAUGCGGCAUGGCGUGGUAUCCAGUCCGUCAGCGCUCAGUGCACGUGUGGGCCACCUACCUCACCUCGUCUUCGUGAAGUCACCCCACCUCCAUCACAUCCCCUUCAACUGCUUGAUUUUACUAAACCCUUUUGCUGCUGAUGUCACUGGCUAUUGUGGCAACUCCAGUGUCAACCUGACUACGACUUCAGCGUGCAGAGACCUCUAGAAAAAGAGAUCUUCCUAACCGGGGAUGCUCGCGCGUGACAUCAUCCGCACCGGCAUCCCUCCCUCAGCAACAUGUUUUCUGGCGACCUCCCUCGCCCUGGUUGCCGUCUCGUCCAUCGUUACGUCCACCUCCACCAACAUCACCAGCAACGGUAAAAACAACUCCAACAGGGAUGGGGCGACUGACGAGGCCAGCGCUGGACUGCUGCCGAUGCCCGAGGACCUGCUGGCUGGGAGCUCGGAGCUGUGCGAGCACGCACGCAUGCACUGCACCAUGCGCACGGGCUGCCAGAUGGGUCUGAACAACUUCUUCGUCGGCUGCAGCUCCGUCAUCAACGGCGAGGACACGCACUGCACGACGGCGUGCAAGCAGGCGCUGGUGUCGCUGCUGGCCACUGCGGACGGAGCGGGACUGGCCUUCGUCAACUGCAACUGCAGCGGACAUCAGCUGUGCGAGGUGCGGAAGGCGAGAGUACAGGUGUGCCAGCGACAGGUGCUGGAGGCCAUGGCUCGCGUCCGUGACGACACUGCGGCCGUCAGCUGCGGGCUGGCGCGAUGGAUCUGCGAGGCGGACACGUCAUGCUUGACGGCGCUGCAGUACUACGUGCAGCACUGCGCCAAACUCUUCCACGGCACCAAGUGCACCCUGCGCUGCCGCAACAGCGUUCACAUCCUCUACCGCCAGCCCAGCGCCCACAAGCUGCGGACGUGCCGCUGCGAGGGAAACGAGGAGUACGACUGCCCGCGGCUGGUGACCAACACGGAGCGGCUGUGCUUCCAGAAGCACCACCGCCACCACCAGCAGCAACACCCCCACCAGCAGCUGCACGACAGCAACUACACGGACGAGGAAGAGGAGGACGAAGAGACGGAGGACGGCCUGCUUGCUGGAGGGGGGAGCGCGGACGUUCAGCGGACAGUGUCUGGCGAGAGUUCCUCGCCCUUUCCACUCUCAGGACAGAAAGAGACUGUCUUCAAAACACGCAAGAGACGCAACAAGCCCAAGAGGAAGAAAGAGAGGCGCGGAAAGAAGAAAAAGAACCAAUCAGAAUCGACCACGACGGACGGUCGAAAAAAGAGCCAAUCAGAAUCAACCACGCCGGACGAUCGAAAAAAGAGCCAAUCAGAACCGAGUACGACGGAUGGUCGCAAAAAAAGCCAAUCAGAAUCAAGCACACCGGACGAUCGAAAGAAGAGCCAAUCAGAAUCAAGUUCGACGGAUGGUCGCAAAAAAAGCCAAUCAGAAUCCAGCACGACAGAAGGUCGCAAAAAGAAUGGCGCUGGUAAGCAGGGCAAAAAGCCGCGCAAUAAAAGAAUCAAAAGGAAGCUAUCGGAGGAGGGGGACAGUCACAGGGAGGAAGAUGCAAGAAAAAAGGUGACCAACCAGCAAAGGGAACUAACCUCCAAGGCAGGGACAGGGGCACCGACGAAUCUGGAAAGGCGUCAGGGACAAGACGGAUGAGUUGAAGGCAAAUUCAGGCACAUGGAAGGGAUCAGAAAUGCGAUUUUGAAUCUUCGCAUAAAGUUUCUUGACUGACAGAAACCAUUGUAACUUGGAGCUGUCUCCAUUAAAAUGCUGAAAAUGCGGCAUGUCAGGCAAUGACAUUUACCUGGUGGUGACACUGACUUCCUUUUUCCUCCCAUGAUAUGGUGGAGAGCUGUCUAAAACAUUUUCAUUAUUUUUAUAUUUAUACUAUUAAUAUUCAUUCCACUAUGAAA